CAUUUAGCCUAUUGUCAGAGCACCCCAAAGGAGUCAUUGAUCCUCUGCAACCUGCGCGCAUGGCACGCAUAGGACCGAUAUUUAGUCGAAGGCGGUGUUGUGGCUGUAUGGUGACGUUUUAAGGCAGGUCCUGGUCAAACCUACCAAUGGUACAAGUCGGUCCUACUCUGCUGGGGCUGAUCGCAAUGAAUGGGUGUCGGAGCUCAACACGGCAAAGGAGCACCCACAGCGCGACGGGGCGGAUAAGGGGAUGCGGCAUCGGUACGCGGGAGCUGUCCAUCAGCACAACAUACCCGACGAAAAGCAAGGAAACAGCGAGCGGAGCCGAGAGCAAGUCGCUCCCGUUUUUAGCCUGCCGCCCCCGCCCUCUUCUCACCAACGAGUCCGCACCGAAACCACCGCCGCUCAGCGCCAGAGCCUCCAGGAGCUCCCGUGCGUGAGCCAGCCCUGCCGGAGACCGGUUCACAGCGGCGACCCUCUGCCGCUGGCGAGCUACGACACCAGCCGGCGACCUUCACACCAAGGCGGUGAAACCAGCGCCAGUCAGCCAGCGCACCUGCAGCGGGAUCCCUGGGCCCCGGACGGCUCCCAGCACCCGCUGCCGCUGCAGUCAGACAGGGAGGCUGUUUUUCCAAGCUGCCACUGCAGUUUUUCGGAACAAGAAGCGAGCCUUUCUCCAAAUAAAUCCCAUCCUGUCGACCCACUCCCCCCGCAGCCCUCCCCACUUUUUCCACCACUUAUACCGCCGCCACCAUCGUCUUCCUCCUCCUCUCGGCUCUUUUGCCGGGGAUUUGAAAGAGGGGAUCGUCUCCAAAGGAGUGCCAAUAAUUACCAACAGGCGAACACCGUGGAACGCUGCAGGGGAGGAGGAGGAGCAGGAGGGCACCAAGACCACAGACAGUUGUUGCAGCAACAGCACUGUCAUUUAGGACUCCAACAGAGGUACCCCUCCCCUGAAGGAAGCCGUGCAAACUCACAAAAAGGGCGCUCUUUAGAUGCAUGCGAGUCAAACGAGGCUAAGAAAGCGUUCGAGUGUCAGACUCAGGAUCUGCAGCAGCAACAGAUCCCACAAUUGCGUGCGCAGCAACAGCUACUGGUGGGAAGCAGCCUGCCCAUCAACUACUGCGCAAGCGGCUCCGGAGAGCUAUGUAGGACUCACCGGGCUCCACUGCUGCAACAGCAGGAGCGGCAGCAGCUGCUGCAGCAUCGGCAGCAACAGCAGCAGCAGCGAGGCGCGCCGGGGCUUCGUCCCCAGCAGCAGCAGCAGCAGCAGCAGCAGCAGCACUGUGACAAAGAUCGCAAUAUCGCAAUAAGUGUGGAAGGAUCACCGCGGAGGGCGGCCAGGCGCAGCCACACGACCGCGGCUCCCGCGUAACCCCCCCUGCAACACCGCACGCAUACGCGGGGAACUCGUCUGCAACUGGCAGCCACAGCAGCAAAGACAGCCCCAACUACGGCUCCAGCUAUCACCUGUGGCCGGAGAGCCCGCAUAAAGGAGAGGAGAGGAUACGCAUCGACCUCCAUCAGGCCUCAACUAAGCAGAAGAAGCUGAGCCAUGCUGGAUCCAAGCCCUCCCUCUCUGAGAGCAGUGGCCGACUCCCUCAGAUAGCCAUGAACACCUGCAAGUACAAUGGCGGAGUGGUAAGGCCACUAGUAGGCAGCCUGGCGUCCUCAUCACGCCGAAACCUCGCGGAACUCGACUCGGAAACGCAACCCUUGCAGACCCUGCACAGCUCCGGCUUGGAGGUGGUGGUAUCCAAGGGCAACGGCGGAGAGGACCCCAGUAAGGCGUCCAACGAGAGCCUUGUCAGAGAGGGCAGCGGGCGAGGUGGCAGCAGGGCUCCACAAAAGAAGAACAGGGACAUUGGCUACAAGCUUGGUCACCGGAGGGCGCUGUUUGAGAAACGAAAGCGACUCAGUGACUACGCACUCAUCUUCGGGAUGUUUGGAAUUGUUGUCAUGGUGACGGAGACAGAACUUUCAUGGGGGGUUUACACUAAGGAAUCUUCAUACUCAUUUGCACUGAAAUGCCUUAUCAGCCUUUCCACUGUUAUUUUGCUUGGUCUUAUAAUAAUGUACCACGCCCGGGAAAUCCAGCUGUUCAUGGUCGACAAUGGAGCGGAUGAUUGGAGGAUAGCCAUGACAUAUGAACGGAUCUUCUUCAUUGUGCUGGAGCUUCUGGUGUGUGCCAUUCAUCCCAUCCCAGGCCAUUACGUCUUCACCUGGACGGCGCGGCUGGCUUUCACCUACACGCCGUCUGUGGCCGAUGCCGACGUGGAUAUCAUCCUCUCUAUACCCAUGUUCCUGAGACUCUACCUGAUUGGCAGGGUCAUGUUACUCCACAGCAAGCUGUUCACGGACGCUUCGUCCCGCAGUAUUGGCGCCCUCAACAAGAUCAACUUCAACACCCGCUUUGUCAUGAAAACCCUCAUGACCAUCUGUCCAGGAACAGUGUUGCUGGUGUUCAGUAUAUCUUCCUGGAUCAUUGCUGCAUGGACUGUGCGUGUCUGUGAGAGGUAUCAUGACAAACAGGAAGUGACCAGUAACUUCCUGGGAGCCAUGUGGCUCAUCUCGAUCACCUUCCUCUCUAUUGGCUACGGUGACAUGGUACCGCACACGUACUGUGGGAAAGGCGUGUGUCUGCUUACAGGGAUCAUGGGAGCAGGUUGCACUGCGCUGGUGGUUGCAGUGGUUGCCAGGAAGCUGGAGUUGACCAAGGCGGAGAAGCAUGUCCACAACUUCAUGAUGGACACACAACUCUGCAAACGAGUAAAGAACACAGCUGCCAAUGUACUCAGGGAAACAUGGCUCAUUUACAAACACACCAAGUUGGUCAAGAAGAUAGAUCAUGCCAAGGUGCGGAAACACCAGCGCAAGUUUCUCCAAGCCAUCCACCAAGCUCAGAAACUGCGCAGUGUGAAGAUGGAGCAGAGAAAACUCAACGAUCAGGCCAACACCUUGGUGGACCUUGCAAAGACCCAGAAUGUGAUGUAUGACUUGGUGUCGGAGCUGCAGGAGCGAAGCGAGGAGCUCGACAAACGCAUCGGCACAUUGGAGGACAAGCUGGACUCGGUGGCGGGCAGCUUGCAGGCACUGCCCUGCCUCAUCUCCCAAGCCAUAACCCAGCAGCAGCAGGACUUUCUGGACGGCUUUGUUCACCGCUUUCGGCCUGCCUCUCUAGCGUCAGAGCGUUCCGAACGCUCAGAGAGAUCUUGGACUUCCACCACCCGGAGGCGGCGCUCUCCCUCCACAGCACCACACACGUCUUCUGACAGUGGAUAACCUUGACAAACCCACUGUUAUCCCCCUAUCAGGCCACACUUUUUUCAAACAAACCUCUCACUAUAUUUUGUCCAAUCCAAAGCCGUCCCUGCAUCCACUGUUGUUAGUCCGUGUCCGGACUAACAACAAACCCAUAUCUUGACCCAUGACCUGAAGCUCCAUUCUCUCUCUCUCUCUCUCUCUCUCUCUCUCUCUCUCUCUCUCUCUCUCUCUCUCU